AGAUUAUAAAGUCGUAGAUGCUCCGUUUCAUCCGACUUCGCGGCCGCCUUCACCUCCGCUCGAAUCCCGCUGUCCCAACAACACGGUCGCCCGCUGUCCCAACAACACGGUCGCCGGCAGAUCUUCCCUGGGCGGUUACCCUUAAAUCUCUCUCUGUAAGCGGCGAUGGAACACCGGAUUCGCCGCACCCCAAGUCCGGCACUCUCGCGACGGAGUAGCGCUGCAUCUAGUGGGUCCACUUCCGGGCGGGCAAUGCCUCCCGAGUAUCCCCGAUCGUCAUCCAUCUCCUGUGUUUCUGGCGUCAAGCGGACCCAGAACCUCGCUGCGAAAGCCGCGAAUGCCCGCCUAGCCUUGGUAAUGGCGUCGCAUACUUCCGAGGAUGAGGAAGAUGAUGAUCUCGUUCCCGAUGGCGCCGGCACUAGUGCCCGUACGUGGUUCGGGCUGACGAGGCCGGUGGCCAGGGCCCCAUCACCUGCGCUAGGUCGGAAUGUCCUUGAAACAGCUCCAGUUAGUCGCUCUAUAUCAGUCGGCCGACCAACACUACGAGUUCCCAGUGCACCAAUGAUGCCUCAAACUAAAACAACAAUAACGACCCCCUCUUCUAUUCCAAAUAUAGAUCCUGCAGAGAAACAAAGAGAUAAGAGAUUUUUUCCAGAUAUGAGGCAUGUGAAAACUAGGGAGCAUGGUGAAUUGCGUGAGGCCUCUGCGCUUCAAGAUAAGCUGGAUAUGCUAGAAGAAGAGAACUACAGCCUCCUUGAAAAGCUUCAACUUGCUGAGGAGAGAUGGAAGGAAGCAGAGAUCAGGUCUCGGGAGCUUGAGAAACAGGUUACAAAUCUCGGUGAAGGAGUGUCUUUGGAAGCCAGGUUAUUAAGCAGAAAGGAGGCAGUGCUACGCCAAAGAGAGGAAGCUUUAAAGUCUACUAUGAGGUCAACGGAUGAUAAAAGUGAGGAACUCAUAUCUCUUCGUCAACAGUUGCAGUUUGCAAAAGAUGAGGUUACAACUGUUGCUGAUCAACUCAGAGGUGCUGAGUUGGAAGUAAAAGCUUUAAGAAGUAUGACCCAAAGAAUGAUAUUAACCCAAGAGGAAAUGGAGGAGGUGGUUCUCAAGAGGUGUUGGCUUGCUCGAUACUGGGCAUUAGCGGUUCAAUAUGGAAUAUAUCCAGAAGUUGCAACAGCUAAGAAUGAGUAUUGGUCCUCAUUAGCUCCCCUUCCACUUGAGGUUGUCACUUCUGCUGGGCAAAGAGCAAAGAAACAAUCUUUGAGCAAUGGCUACCUUGAACCUGAUUGGAGAAAUAAACAGGGUCAUGAUAUUAGUGAUACAAACGCAGAAGGAAACAUAGAAAACAUGCUUGCAGUAGAGAAAGGUCUAAGGGAACUCUCUUCACUAAAGGUUGAGGAUGCUAUUGUUCUUGUGUUGGCCCAAUACCGCCGUCCUAAUUUACUUCGACAAACAGCUUCAGACAUAAGAUCACCUGGUGAUCCAAAAUUCAUGGAAGAAUUUGAAUUAAGCGAAGAAGAAGCAGAAGAUGUCUUGUUUAAGCAGUCGUGGCUUACAUACUUCUGGAGAAGAUCAACAGACCAUGGCAUUGAGGAAGAUAUAGCUGAAGAGCGUCUGCAAUUUUGGAUAGACAGCAUUGGCCAGGCGCCUACACCACAAGAUGUUGUUGAUGUGGAACGAGGAUUAAUAGAACUGAGGAAGCUAGGCAUCGAACAGCAAUUGUGGGAAGCUUCUCGUUGGGAAACUAAUACGGAUCAAAAGCCUCGCUGAAAAUUCAUCAAAUACAUAACCCCAGCACACCAGUGUCAGAUGAUUGGCUUUCAAAUCUCAUUUUUUUCUUGUUGCUUCAGCUUUCCAAAGCACAACUAUCCUUUUCAAAGUUUUAGGACUUCAAACGUCAUCCAAAAUUCUACUCUUUUGAUUUAUUUACAUAGAAUGCAACAACCGAAUGCAUUAUUUUUUACAAACUUACCCACAGGACAUGAUUCCACUGUGCAUUGUUUUUACAGCAAGAACAAUGGUGCAGAUAAAAUUGUGCCUCAAUAUCAUAUUAAUUGUUACAAAGUUCAGAUUCAGUUACGGAAUGAAGCAUGUGGUUUAUCAA